AAAGGAUCUGUCAUCAUGUCUGUGACUGCUCUGUUCAGGGGCAAGUGGGGGCAGAAGUCACAGGAAGCCCAAGACAAGCAUCCUGCAGCUGUCGUUCAACUGAGGCAUGAGGAGGACGAUGAUGAGGAUGAGUCCAACAAUGGUUUCAGCAGAGAGCCUAUCCGCAGGAACUCCCGCUUUUACCGGUCAAUGAGGAAGAAGAGGCUGGUUUCAUCUGAACAGUCUGAAAGCUCUACUAGGUCUGGUUUAGACCACAGUCCAGCCAACAUUGCAGGAGUCUCCUGUAAUGCUCCUUUACCCCACAAGUCACCUUUAUUGCCAGGGGCUAGAUGCCCUCAGCGCUCGCCACAGCUCCAUCAUUCCAGAGCUGUGUUGCCAAGCAAUGGUGAGGCCAGCAGCAGACAUGCUCUGUACAACACUGAUGCUGUGGAUAGAAGAAGAGGAGGAGUGGGAGGAGGGAGGAGUGUGGACAUAUCUGCUGCUUUCAACAGCCAGCACGGAGAUUUUAGAGCUGACAUGAUCACUUACCGCACUCACAGCAUUCAUAGCAAAGAGAUAACAAAGCUUUCGGAGCAAACAGCUGCAGCUUGCACUGUAAAGGAGAUCAGAGGGAGAACCAUGAACUCACAACAGCCCAGUUCUGAUGGACCAGACCAGGAUAACGACAACAUCAGGUUGCUGAGCAAUGGAGAAUGCUUCCAGACAAUUGGCCACAGCCUGAAAAUCGUCAAAAACAUUGCUUUCCUGUACCAGGAAUACCGGGACACCUCCAAGCAGCAGGAGAUUGAACAACGGCGGCAGCGUGAGAACCUCUCUCCUGGGGUUAAGGCAGGGUCUGUGCUGCCAGGGUCUGGUGUAAUAUCCCCACCAGUGCUACAACUGCAACUGAGGAACAGCGCUCAGUCACUGAGCUUGUGGCAAAACCUGGAAGCUGUGCAGACCAGCGGCUUACUCACCCAACUACCACAUAAAGAAAUCAUCAUGCAAGAGGCCAUGUUUGAGCUUGUUACGUCAGAAGCAUCCUACUACAAGAGUUUGGAAAUUUUAGAGCUGCACUUCCUACGUAACCCAGUUUUAACCAACACCCUCAGCCAAUCCGACAUGCAUUUUCUGUUCUCCAACAUCGAGGAAGUUAUGAAAGCCAGUGAAAGGUUCUUGAUGGAUCUUGAGCAUCGAAUUGAGGAGUCUAUUUUGAUUUCUGAUGUUUGUGACAUUGUUUAUUACCAUGCAGUAGAACACUUCAGUGUGUUCAUUAAAUAUGUCAUAAACCAGGUGUACCAAGAGAAGAACUACAGACGCAUUUUAGAGGGAAACCAGGCAUUUCGGGAAGCCAUGGCUGCACUGGAGAACCAUCCACGUGUCAGGGGACUGUCCUUUACCUCUUUCCUUAUCCUUCCUUUCCAGAGGAUCACAAGACUCAAGCUGCUUGUACAAAAUAUCCUGAAAAAAGCUGAGGAAAACACAGAGAGGGAAGUACAUGCCAUCAAAGCACAUCAGCAACUGGAGCAGAUUGUAAAAGAGUGUAACGAGGGAGUGCGAAAAAUGAGUCGCACUGAGGAGCUUAUCAGCAUUGAAAAAACACUGGAGUUUAAAUCCAAGUCUGUGCCCAUCAUUUCCCACUCCCGCUGGUUGCUUAAGAAGGGCGAAGUGCAGCUGAUGGCUGGACCUAAGAGUACCAGGACCAUGCGAAGUCGGAAGCUCUACCAACCAGUUUACUUGUUUCUUUUUAACAAUCUGUUGCUGGUCACCAAGCGCAGUGGGGACAAGUUCCAGGUUCUUGACUCAUGCACCCGAGCCAUGUUGAGGACUGAAGAUCUAGAAGAUCAGGGCCAGCUGCUGGCCAAUGUCUUUAAUCUCAGGCUGCUGGAAAACCAAGAGGAGCGUCUAGUCAAUUACAUGCUCAAGACUUCCAGUAUGAGUGAUAAGCUUCGAUGGAUGUGUGCAUUGACUCCUAAUCGACGCACACGCUUUAUGUCUACUAGUGCCCACCAGCCAGACUCUCCACAGGUGCAGUGCAUUCAGUCGUACUCAUCUCAGGAGCCAGAUGAGCUCUCCACUGAGAUGGCUGAUAUUUUGAACCUUCUUGAGAGAACAGAUGAUGGCUGGAUGAUGGGUGAAAGACUCCAUGAUGGCGAAAGGGGCUGGUUCCCUAGUCGAAUAGUAGAGGAGAUCCAGAGCAAGGAGGUCCGAGCUCAGAACCUGAGAGAGGCCUUUCGGAUCCAACAGGCACACGAAAGUGGAGUAGGCCAAACUGGAGGCAGGAGUGGUAUAAGGGUGGGAAGACGCACCCCAAAAGUCUCCAGCUUCUCCAAUCCUUGGACUGGUCAAAUGGGGGACAGCAGUGAAGUAAAUCAGUGAAUCAGUUACAAAUAUGAAUGUCACCAUUGAGAGCCAUUAGCACUAAGAGAAAAAUAAUCAGGAUACAUGCCACUUCAUUCCUACACAAUGACAACUUUUCCCUUUGAUUUUUACAAGCAGUCAAAUGUUUUAAAAACCUCCAGUUUUGGUCUCAGUGAUCAGGGAGAAGUUAUCAAAGCGCUUCAGUCAAUAACCUUGUGCAAGCAAUCCCGCAUGUCCCAUAAAUGUGCGAUGAAGGUGUUUUGAGGCCCACAUGUUGUGGUGUGUAAUGCAUGGACUGCUUGGAGCUGCAAAAAACCCAUUGAUCCUUCAGCUGCAUGGGUAACUUUUUGAACUUUUUGUGUUAAUAUAAUUGUAAAAUGCCUUCAACACUGAAUUAAACGCAGACCCACUACAUAAACAUGUUAAUCUUCUAGGGCUAUAUGACAGCACUGCAGCUUUAAAGGAUCAGUGUGUUGCAGCUUAAGAAAACACAUGCAAACACAAAAUCCAUAUGGCAACACAUGCAUCCCAUGUAGAAAACAUUCUACUGAGAAAACACAAAUACAUAAAUGAUCAUAAAACUAAACAAAACAAGUACGUCAAACUGCAUAAAGUAUAAAAAUCUACAUACAGCUGAACAAAAUGCAGAAAUCAAAUUCAAAUACAGACAUGUCCAGCAAAUGCAAAUUGGUAGUAGAUCAGUAAUCAGCAAAACGUUAAGACUUGGUUUACAUCAACUAUCAGCAACAACUUCAAAAACAUGCAGUCACAAUGUUAAAACUGGCUAGUAGACCCAGUCAAUUGUUGAGGUCGAGAGUAAGAGCGGACCUCGAUAACUUCACAAACCAGGUGUGCUCAGAAUGUUGAGUUUUUUUUUUUUUUUUUUUUUAAAGUCCUUUAUAAUUUUUUCUGCUUUGAAAAUCAGUAAUGUUCUACUCUGGUUGUGCUCUUUGUUUUGGCAGUGCAUUUCUGCAUUUAGUUGUGUUUUUUUUUUAUUAUUUGAUAUUUUUAGUGCUGCAAAUGUGCUGCCAAGUCGAUAAAGAUGUUUUGUUUUGCAGUGCAUAGAGCUUUUAUGGCCACCAUAACAGUGUCUAGUAAAAUAAAUACAUAAAAGUAAAUAUUAAAAUCACAAGUGAAUGCAUUUCUGAAUGUUCAGUAGAAGUCCAUCUAUUUUCUAUACUCCGCUUUAUCCUCUGUAGGGUUAUUUAACCUAAGCAUGCCUUUGGACUGUGGUAGGAAGCACCUGAUGAGAGUUCAGUGUAAGUGAAUCAGUUUAAGUGGUACUUCAACCAAAAUGUAUCUUUUGAGUACAAAUGACUCAGAGAAAGAUUUAAUUAGUUAAUAUUUAGCUAGUUAGCAUAUUCAAACAGGUAGCAUGUAGCACAUUUACUGUCCGUCCUCUUGCUCGCACUUUUAACCCCUACCUUCUUGCGAACCCCCUCUCUCUCCCCUUGUCCUAUGAAGGAGCUUGAAUGUGCAUGGGAAGCACCAGAGCAGUGUUUUGCAGUGUUUCAGUUUGAGUCACUUUGUUUUGCAUUUACAGAGUCAGGGCUGUGUACAAAUACUAGACUUUCUUCAGUGCACAAACAAAAUGGACACCUCAUGGACCAUGAGACUAUAUUCAAGUGCAAUAUUUUCUAUGGGCCAACAUUUGGAUUUGUGUAGAAACACAGAGAAUUCAUAGAUCUGCUCAUUCCAAAGAAAGCAAUUUCAUAGAGUACUUCUACACAUAAUGGAGUGAGGUUAUGACUUGCUGCUGCUGGCAUAAUGUAUUUGCAAAGGGGAGUGGUGUGCCCUAGCUUUGACAUGUUGGAACAGCGACAUGCCCCUUUGGCCACAAGCCCCAGUGUCGUUUUGCUGGGUGAACUGCCUGUUUGUCAGGGCUGUCACCAUGGUAGUGGUAGUAAAAUACUUCAUUAUCUGGUCUUAAAGACAUGGUUGUACCAUCAACAGGUCAUAUGUAUUGGCAGAAUUGCUUUUGGUUGCCAACACAGGAAAGACAGUAACAUAACAUGAUGGUACUAAAUGGAAAUAAAACAUGUAUCAUUAUCCUCUUAAAAUAUUAAGCUGUUUGCUACUCAGCUUAAUGUGACUGUGUUGAUGCUAUGUUGUUUUUAACUGCAAAUAUGCAUUUAUCAACUCUUAUGUGGCACAAUUAGGAACUCACUUGGAUAUGUGUCUGUGUAAAAUAAUUUGUAACACUAUGAAGCACUAAAAGCACUUAACCAAACUUGUAAAGCCCGCAGGGGCUAGGAUUCAGGAGUAAUAUGUGAGAGCUUACAAAAAAGUCUGCUGUGACUUUAAUUUCAUGUACCAUGUAGCUCCCAAACACAUUCUUUGACAUAUGAGCUGCAGUGCGAGAGGUAAUGCCACUGUCAGUAAGUUUGGUCAAGUUCUCAUUGCCCUGCUUGUAAAUAUUUCACCAAAACCAUUCCACUCAUCUCUAUUUUGAGGGAACACUGCAGCUGCAUCCUUAUCCCUGUCCAUGGCGAUGAUGAUUGGUUUAAAGAUAGAAGCCAGAGUGUUCAAUUCCCCAAUAGCCAACUGAUAAUGAAGUACAUGAUGUACUAUAUAAUGGGCUGACUAAGUGAGACUACUCAGUGUCUGACAGAUGUUGACAGUAGCUUAUCUAUGUUGUAUAGGCAUGCUCAUUCUGUUUUAGGAAGUACUACAAAAUGCAAUUGUCCAAUGACUGUUCAAACAUAACUAGCACCCUGCCCCCAAUAGUCUCCCCUAAUUUUCUACUGCCAAGAAGAUCUGUUUCUGCCCAUCAUAAACUCAAGUUGUCACAUAUACACACAAGGGUUGAAACCUUGAACAGUAACUGAAUAGUAAAAAGUCCUAUAUGUUGUAUCUGCAUAGAAAGUAAUGCUAUGAAGAACUAUUGAUAAGCAUGACUGUGAAACCUGUGUCAUUAAAUACACUAUGUGUACAGGAAUGCAAACAUUUGAUGUUGGAAGUAACAGUUGCCAAAUCAUUGUUAAUUUGUUUUGUAAAAUGUACAUUAUUGUUAAUAAAACAGCUAUAAUCAGA